AUGCCGAAUCGUAUCGCACGAAGCCGUCUUGCCGAGGAACGAAAAGCCUGGCGCAAAAACCAUCCGCAUGGUUUUGUGGCUAAGCCCGAGACAGCGCCAGAUGGGUCUGUGAAUAUGAUGGUUUGGCAAUGUGUUAUACCCGGCAAGGAAGGGACUGAUUGGGAAGGUGGCUACUUUCCUCUUACACUUAACUUCAGCGAGGACUACCCUAGGAAACCACCUAAAUGCAAGUUUCCGAAUGGGUUCUUCCACCCUAAUGUUUAUCCUUCGGGAAUUGUGUGUCUGUCUAUCCUAAACGAGCGCCAUGGGUGGAGACCAUCGAUUACAGUGAAGCAAAUUCUAGUGGGCAUUCAAGAUUUACUUGAUCAACCCAAUGCAAGCGACCAUGCACAAACCGAGGGAUAUCAGCUUUAUGUAUCGAACUCAAAUGAGUACCGGAGAAGAGUUCAACAGCAAGCUCUGGAAUAUCCACAUACACUGUAGACACAUGAAUGGUCACUAGAAAUGACGGAACUAUUACACACGUCAUUUGGCUUUUUGACUUAAUUUAUGUUUA